UCUCUCUCUCCCUUCUUCCUCUCUAACAGUGGUAGUCAUGGUGACAGUCUCUUGAUGUCGGAAUGCUAAGUGAUGUUCCUGGUGACCUCUGUGGUUUCUACGGAGACUAGACGAUUGUGAGCAGAACUGCCAAGUCACAGGAAGAUGACAUCAAUGUCCCCUACCCACAGUGACAGCAGCGCCAGCUCGUCCAAACAUGACAGCCAUCAGGUGUGUGAGUGUGUGAGUGUGUGAGUGUGUGAGUGUGUGAGUGUAUGAGUGUAUGAGUGUAUGAGUGUAUGAGUGUAUGAGUGUAUGAGUGUAUGAGUGUAUGAGUGUAUGAGUGUAUGAGUGUAUGAGUGUAUGAGUGUGUGAGUGUGUGAGUGUGUGAGUGUGUGAGUGUGUGAAUGCGUGUGUAACCCCAUGAGUUUCUGUCUACAGGACAGCUGGGAGAUCAUUGAGGGCCUGAAGGGUAACCCUGGCAACAUCCAGGAGCCAGAGAAACAGGAGGGCUUCUUGCUCAAGAGGAGGAAAUGGCCCAUGAAAGGAUGGCAAAAGGUGGGUACUACAUGCCUUACCCCUGACCACCUGACAAGGUGGGCACCUCCCUUAAAGGUUGACUUUGGGCAAAAACUCUAAAAUAACGGCGUUAAACUGUGUAACUGAUUUUAUACAUCAUCAUACCAGGUCAUUUAAUGCUUAAUUUUUUUUUUAUAUAUGAAUAUUAUAUUUGGCUACAGAAGUAGCAUUUCUUACCGAUAUCUACAGCUUCUGUCCAAAAACAAAUCCUGUGAAAUGGCAUCAACACAUACUGGAAGAGUUACUGGCUAGCUACAGUGGCUAGCUUAGCUAACCAACUAGCUACGUCAGCUGGCUUUUUACUCCUUACCUCUCACUGCAGGUAAAUCUCAAGUGUCUUUCCUUGAAUCCUCCAAAUGCAUUAGAGGAGAAAAUCAGAGGAUCUUUUCAGACCUUCUCCUCUUACGGACUGAAGGAGAUGAGAAGAGGACGUGAGGAAUCAAGGAGAGACACUUGAGAGACACCCUGCCCCUCCCUUAACCCCUCAAUUAGGGCUGGCACAUGGAAAUGGGAGAAGUGUGCUACCCGACACGUACCUGGUGUUUAUCUAAAGCUCCGAUAAGACACUAGUUAUGUUGAGCUGGAGGUGACAUUUGAGUGGAGCAUUUGAAUGGAUAAUAUGUUAAUGUAAAAAACUUUUGUCCACAGCAGUAAUGCGUUAAGGUAGUUUGAAUUUGACAGACGGGCGGCUAAAACAGUUGCUAUUGUGUCUCUUGUUAUACAGAGAUACUUCUUGCUGGAAAAAGGCAUUCUGAAGUACUCAAAACGUGGAGCUGAUGUAAGUACCUAUUCAAAAGUAUGUCAGGCAGAUGCAUCACCCCCCCCUCCCCACACACACACACACAGAAUUUAGUUAAUGUACAGUAUGUGUCAUUGAAGUAGCAAGCAUUUGCUCAUUUAGUCAAUUAAACACACACACUGACCUUUACUUUUGUUUCCAGCUGAAGAAGGGCAAGCUGCAUGGCUGCAUUGAUGUGGGGCUGUCUGUCAUGUCAAUCAAGAAGAAAACCAAGGCCAUCGAUCUGGACACCAACAACAACAUUUAUCACCUCAAGGUGUCUCUCUCUGUCUCUCUCUGUUUUACGCUCUCUCUCUCUCUCUCUCCUACUUGAAUGACAUCACAUCUCGCUGUUCUAUAGGUGAAGUCUGAGAAGUCUCAGGAAGUGAAGUCACAGCAGCUGUUUGAUGAUUGGGUGUCGAAGCUGCGACAUCACCGCGUCUUCCGUCAGAACGAGAUUGCGAUGUACCCCCACGAGAGGCUUCUGUUCCACCCCUCCUCACACCUCUCUCCCAACCUCAACGACUCCAUGAGACAGGUACGGGUCUCCCUAGACACUGAUCUAUGAUCCGUUUUGGCUAAUGUUAGGAUUUUGGGGAUUGUAAGCUGAUCCUACAUCUGUGCCUAAGAGCAACCUCUUCCUGGAGCUUUUAAACUGACCAAUCAUCAUUUCAUUAUUGUACUGUAUAGCGUAUUUGAUAGGAAUCUGUAUGCAUAUUCCAACUCCUUGUCUUUCUCUCCACUCCUCUCUCGAUCUCCUUCUCGCCACCCCUCUCUCGAUCUCCCUCUCUCCACUCCUUUCUGGAUCUCUCUCUGUCCUCUAUCUCUCGAUCUAUCCCUCCCCCCUCCAUCUCAUAGUGCCGCUCCAGUCUGGCUAAGCAGGCGUCUGUUGUCCAGCAGGCUAAGGUCUCUGCCUGGCUCCACUCCUCAGAAGACAUGGAUAGGUGCUGCAGAGGUAUGGAGGUGAAACCUCUCACCUGUCUGCCAUACUUAUUCUGAUGGACCUCGCCGUACUUGCUGGAACUCUAUACCAUACAUAGGGCACUACUUUUGACCAGGGGUCCAUAGGGCACUACUUUUGAUCAGGGGUCCAUAGGGCACUACUUUUGACCAGGGGUCCAUAGGGCACUAUAUAGUGAAUAGGUUGCCAUUUGGGACACAGCCUUAAGGCGUCAGCAUGCUUCAUUUCGGCUGGCGGCUAGCCGAAGUCGGCUCGCAUACUCUGUUACAAUCCAUACUAUUGACCAAUCACUGACGAAGUGAUUGGUCAAUCACUUCGGCUACCAACUUCAGCUUGGCUUAAGAAAAAUAUUUGUGUGCCCAAAAAAGGAAAAAAUUAUCCUUACCAAAGUCCAAAGCGAACACAAACGUCACAAAAUGUCGUCAUAAUAUAUGCACAAACUCUUCCAAACUGGGACGCAUGCAGACGCCUUUACUGUCUCUACAUUGAUCCUCCCUCAACUUCUGCCAUUCAUACAUCUGUCAUCCUUCUCUCUCAGAUUUAGAGGAGUGUGAGUCUUACCUGUUGGAACUCAACCUGUUGCUGAAGAGUAUGGAGGUUCUCCACCGCACUUACUCUGCCCCCUCCAUCAGCCUCAUGGUAACACAUCACCUUUGUCCUUUAACCUAUAACUCUAACCUUGGCCCAGUACACACAGUUCUCGGCCCGUUUAACCUACAACCCUAACCCUGACCUACACUACACUUACUCUGCCCCACCAUCAGCCUCAUGGUAACACAUAACCUUUAACCUAUAACCCUGACCUACACUACACUUACUCUGCCCCACCAUCAGCCUCAUGGUAACACAUAACCUUUGCCCUUUAACCUAUAACCCUAACCUUGACCCUAACCUUGACCCAGUACACAUACUGUAGUCAGCCCCUUUAAUUUCAGUUUUUGACAAAACAAGCAAUGUAUAAUGUAGAGAAUCAUUGUACCAUCUAAACCGCUGUGAAAUAUAUUUCCAAUAACCAAAAAUAUUGUAUUUUCAGCUGUUUGAAGCUGGUGUAGAAAACCGAACGUAAAAGACGCAAAAACUAAACUUAAGAACGGGAAGCAUAGAAAUAGCGCACAUAGAACAGGUCUACCGCUUCUUAGACUUGCUUUCCAUGAGUGACAGAUCUAUAACUCACAUUUCUAUGUGAAUUUGGUCGGUCGCCCAAAAAGUUACAUAUUUCAGCUUUAAGCUAUAACCCUGAACUACACUACACUUACCCUGCCAUCAGCCUCAUGGUAACACAACCUAUAACCCUGACCUACACCACACUUACCCUGCCAUCAGCCUCAUGGUAACACAACCUAUAACCCUGACCUACACCACACUUACCCUGCCAUCAGCCUCAUGGUAACACAACCUAUAACCCUGACCUACACCACAAUUACCCUGCCAUCAGCCUCAUGGUAACACAACCUAUAACCCUGACCCACACCACACUUACCCUGCCAUCAGCCUCAUGGUAACACAACCUAUAACCCUGACCUACACUACACUUACCCUGCCAUCAGCCUCAUGGUAACACAACCUAUAACCCUGACCUACACCACACUUACCCUGCCAUCAGCCUCAUGGUAACACAACCUAUAACCCUGACCUACACCACACUUACCCUGCCAUCAGCCUCAUGGUAACACAACCUAUAACCCUGACCUACACCACACUUACCCUGCCAUCAGCCUCAUGGUAACACAACCUAUAACCCUGACCUACACUACACUUACCCUGCCAUCAGCCUCAUGGUAACACAACCUUUAACCCUGACCUACACUUACUCUGCCCCCACCAUCAGUCUCAUGGUAACAUGACCUAUAACCCUGACCUACACCACACUUACCCUGCCAUCAGCCUCAUGGUAACAUGACCUAUAACCCUGACCUACACUUACUCUGCCCCCACCAUCAGCCUCAUGGUAACAUGACCUAUAACCCUGACCUACACUUACUCUGCCCCCACCAUCAGCCUCAUGGUAACAUGACCUAUAACCAUGACCUACACUUACUCUGCCCCCGCCAUCAGCCUCAUAGUAACACGACCUAUAACCCUGACCUACACUACACUUCCUCUUACUCUGCCCCUGCUAUCAGUACACUGCAGGUAUGCACACCUCAACUAACCCCAAGACUAUAACCCUAACCUCUACGUUUUCUCUCUAUGGUAACAGUUGUCUGUCCCUUCCCUCGCUCUGUCUCUCUCUCUGGGACAUCAGGCCUCAACAUACGACAUUCCCAAGAAGGAGAAGAAGGGUCCCAGGAAGUGGCGUUCAAAAAAUUACAACAAAGAUGCCAAAAAAGAUAUCAUAGCCACACUACAGGUACACACUGUUUUACUUUCUCUCAAAGCAGUACCUGCUACCGGUCAUUGUCACACCUACGACCACUUGAGAGAAGUGUUGCAUUGACUACUACUACUGUACUACUGUCUCAUGGAGUUUUUAAUACUGUGGCAGGAUAUACACAAAAUCAAAUCAAAUUGUAUUUGUCACAUACACGUGUUUAGCAGAUGUUAUUGCGGGUGUAGCGAAAUGCUUGUGCUUCUAGCUCCGACAGUGCAGUAAUAUCUAACAAGUAAUAUCUAACAAUUUCACAACAUUAAGAAUAUAUACACUACCGUUCAAAAGUUUGGGGUCACUUAGAAAUGUCCUUGUUUUCCAUGAAAACAAACAUGAAAUGAGUUUGAAUAGGAAAUAUAGCAAAAUGAAUAGGAAAUGUAGUCAUUAACAAGGUUAGAAAUUAUGAUUACAUUUUUUUUUUAAAUAAUAAUUGUCCUUCAAACUUUGCUUUCGUCAAAGAAUCCUCAAUUUGCAGCAAUUACAGCCUUGCAGACCUUUGGCAUUCUAGUUGUCAAUUUGUUGAGGUAAUCUGAAGAGAUUUCACCCCAUGCUUCCUGAUGCACCUCCCACAAGUUGGAUUGGCUUGAUGGGCACGUACCAUACGGUCAAGCUGCUCCCACAACAGCUCAACAGGGUUGAGAUCCGGUGACUGUGCUGGCCUCUCCAUUAUAGACAAUACCAGCUGACUGCUUCUACCCUAAAUAGUUAUUGCAUGGUUUGGAGCUGUGCUUUGGGUCAUUGUCCUGUUGUAGGAGGAAAUUGGCUCCAAUCAAGCACUGUCCACAGGGUAUGGCAUGGCGUUGCAAAAUGGAGUGAUAGCCUUCCUUCUUCAAUCUCCCACUUUACCACCACCAAAGCACCCCCAGACCAUCACAUUGCCUCCACCAUGCUUGACAGAUGACAUCAAGCACUCCUCCAGCAUCUUUUCAUUUGGUCUGCGUCUCACAAAUGUUAUUUAUUGUGAUCCGAACACCUCAAACUUCGAUUCGUCUGUCCAUAACACUUUUUUCCUAUCUUCCUCUGUCCAGUUUCUGUGUUCUUUUGCCCAUCUUAAUUUUUUUUUUUUAUUGGCCAGUCUGAGAUAUGGCUUUUUCUUUGUAACUCUGCCUAGAAGGUCAGCAUCCCGGAGUCGCCUCUUCAGUGUUGACGUUGAGACUGGUGUUUUGCGGGUACUAUUUAAUGAAGCUGCCACUUGAGGACCUGUGAGGCGUCGGUUUAUCAAACUAGACACUAUAAUGUAUUUGUCCUCUUGCUCAGUUGUGCACCGGGACCUCCCACUCCUCUUUCUAUUCUGGUAAUAGCCAGUUUGCGCUGUUCUGUGAAGGGAGUAGUACACAGCGUUGUACGAGAUCUUCAGUUUCUUGGCAAUUUAGCGCAUGGAAUAGCCUUCAUUUCUCAGAACAAGAAUAGACUGAUGAGUUUCAGAAGAAAGUUAUUUGUUUCUGCCCAUUUUGAGCCUGUAAUCGAACCCACAAUUGCUGAUGCUCCAGAUACUCAACUAGUCUCAAGAAGGCCAGUUUUACUGCUUCUUUAAUUAGCACAACAGUUUUCAGCUGUGCUAACAUAAUUGCAAAAGGGUUUUCUAAUGAUCAAUUAGCCUUUUUAAAAUGAUAAACUUGGAUUAGCAAACAAAACGUACCAUUGGAACACAUGACUGAUGGUUGCUGAUAAUGGGCAUCUGUACACCUAUGUAGAUAUUCCAUUAAAAAUCAGCCGUUUCUAGCUACAAUGGCCAUUUACAACAUUAACAACAAUGUCUACACUGUAUUUCUGAUCAAUUUGAUGUUAUUUUAAUGGACAAAAAAAUGGCUUUUCUUUCGAAAACAAGGACAUUUCUAAGUGACCCCAAACUUUUGAACGGUAGUGUACAUAUAUGGACGAGCAAUUUCAGAGCGGCAUGGACUAAGAUACUGUAGAAUAUUAUAGAAUACAGUAUAUACAUAUGAGAUGAGUAAUGCAAGAUAUGUAAACAUUAUUAAAGUGACUAGUGUUCCAUUUCUAAAAGUGGCCAGUGAUUUCAAUAGGCAGCAACAGUCUCUAAUGUGCUAGUGAUGGCUAUUUAACAGUCUGAUGGCCUUGAGAUAGAAGUAGUUUUUCAGUCUCUCGGUCCCAGCUUUGAUGCACCUGUACUGACCUUGCCUUCUGGAUGAUAGCGGGGUGAACAGGCAGUGGCUCGGGUGGCUGAUGUCCUUGAUGAUCUUUUUGGCCUUCCUGUGACAUCGGGUGCUGUAGGUGUCCUGAAGGGCGGGUAGUUUGCCCCCGGUAAUGCGUUCGGCAGACCGCACCACCCUCUGGAGAGCCCUGCGGUUGCGGGCGGUGCAGUUGCCGUACCAGGCGGUGAUACAGCCCGACAGGAUGCUCUCAAUUGUGCAUCUGUAAAAGUUUGUGAGGAUUUUAGGUGCCAAGCCAAAUUUCUUCAGCCUCCUUAGGUUGAAGAGGCUCUGUUGCACCUUCUUCACCACACUGUCUGCGUGGGUGGACCAUUUCAGUUUGUCGGUGAUGUGUACGCCAAGGAACUUGAAGCUUUCCACCUUCUCCACUGCGGGCCCGUCGAUGUGGAUAGGGGGGUGCACCCUCUCCUUUGUUUUGUUGACGUUGAGUGAGAGGUUAUUUUCCUGGCACCACAUUCCCAGAGCCCUCACCUCCUCCCUGUAGGCUGUCUCGUCAUUGUUGGAAAAUGACGAGACAGCCUACAUACAAAGUAUGUGGACACCCCUUCAAAUGAGUGGAUUCGGCUAUUUCAGCCACACCCAUUAUUGACAGGUAUAUAAAAUCGAGUACACUACCAUGCAAUCUCCAUAGACAAACAUUUGCAGUAGAAUGGCCUUUCUGAAGUGCUCAGUGACUUUCAACGUGGUCACCUUUCCAACAAGUCAGUCAAAUGUCUGCCCUGCUGAGCUGCCCCGGGCAACUAAGUGCUGUUAUUGUGAAGUGGAAACAUCUAGGAGCAACAACGGCUCAGCCGCGAAGUGGUAGGCCACACAAGCUCACAGAACGGGACCGCCGAGUGCGUAGCGCGUAAAAAUCAUCUGUCCUCAGUUGUAACACUCUCUACCGAGUUCCAAACUGCCUCUGGAGCAACGUCAGCACAAUAACUGUUUGUCGGGAGCUACAUGAAAUGGGUUUCCAUAGCCGAGCAGCCGCACACAAGCCUAUGAUCACCAUGCGCAAUGCCAAGCGUCGGCUGGAGUGGUGUAAAGCUCGCCGCCAUUGGACUCUGGAGCAGUAGAAACGUGUUCUCUGGAGUGUUGAAACACGCUUCUCCAUCUGGCAGUCCGACGGACAAAUCUGGGUUUGGCGGAUGCCAGGAGAACGCUACCUGCCCCAAUGCAGGUGGAGGAGGAAUAAUGGUCUGGGGUUGUUUUUCAUGGUUUGGGCUAGGCCCCUUAGUUCCAGUGAAGGGAAAUCUUAACGUUACAGCCUACAAUGACAUUCUAGACGAUUCUGUGCUUCCAACUUUGUGGCAACAGUUUGGGAAAGACCCUUUCCUGUUUCAGCAUGACAAUGCCCCGUGCACAAAGCGAGGUCCAUACAGAAAUGGUUUGUCGAGAUCGGUGUGGAAGAACUUGACUGGCCUGUACAGAGACAUGACCUCAACCCCAUCGAACACCUUUGGGAUGAAUUGGAACGCAGACUGCGAGCCAGGCCUAAUCACCCAACAUCAGUGCCCGACCUCACUAAUGCUCCUGUGGCUGAAUGGAAGCAGGCUUUUAUAGGGGGGACCAACUCCAUACUAAUGCCCAUGAUUUUGGAACGAGAUGUUCUAUGAGCAGGUGUCAACAUACUUUUGGUCAAGGAGUGUGUGUGUAUUCUACGAGUGUUACAUAGGCCUGCAAUUUUAUGUACAUGUUGAGUACAAAUACGUAGGGGAGUGUACUUGACAACUGUUGUUUAAAGAAGUAUUCUGUGUUCAGUGUGACACCAAAUGAAUGCCCCACCUGUAAUUGUCUUUAACCCUGAUUUCUCUCUUUUCUUCCACCAGGUUCCUGGCUGUGUCUCACCACCUGCCUCUCCUCAUCUCCAUACCUCCCAUCCAAACCUCUCUACUGCUGAAGCCAACAUCCAGGAGGCCUUUGCCUUCCUGGAAUCCCCAGACUCACCUACUGAUGCCAACCGCCUCCAGGAGGACUUCUGCAGGCUGGCUAACAACAGUGAGUCCCUGGUUUCAGAUCACACUCCUGGUUCAAUAUAGGUAUUUUACAGUUCCCAGAGGAAGGCUGGGUAUAGUGGUUAAAACUCUGUCACUCACUCACUAUCACACACACAACCCUCUCCAUCCCUCCCCCACACAAUCCUCUCUGUCUCCCUCUCUAGUUCACUCCACUCUGCGGUCAGCCUACAGUUCUCUAUCAGCAGAGAGGGACAGAGUGAGACACACUAUUGACCUGAAGGCCCCUCCUCCAGCACAGGUCAUGGGCCUCAAGACCGGCUAUGGCUCGGUGAGUAAGGUGUGAGAGUGUGCAUGUGCUGUUUUCCACAAUAUUGCACAUAUCAUUGUAUUGUAAAAUGUAUUAUCAAGUUGAUUUCAAGAGAUGGUGUUUAUAUACCAAACAUGCCAUUGGGACUGACCUAAACCUCCGCUGCCAAUCAACAUCUUCUACCAAUCAGGAUCUCCCAGAUGGAUCCCGCCCCCUUGUCCACCAGGUGUCCAAUGAGAGUCGAGCGUCCAUCCCUGAGUCCAUGUCAGAGUUCUUUGAUGCUCAGGAGUACCAACUGACCUCCAGCUCCUCUGAGAACGAGGUGAGCCCUAACCACAGAUCUGGGAGAAGAUUACCCAACCCCAAUGCCAACCAUAACCAUUAGGGAGAUUAACAAUAAUCUGACCCUGAAUCAGUUUAAAUACGUUUUCUGUCUCCAGGCCUCCGAUGAUGACUCAUAUAUCAGCGAUGUCAGCGACAGCGUUUCCAUGGACAAUGGCUACAGCAACGAGGGAGGACGCGAGAGACAUGACUCAGGUAUCCCGUCUGUGUGUGCGGGUUUGUAUGAGUAUUUGUAUGACGAGCAUAACAAUUUGUAUGAGUGAGCAAAUGUCUGUCCAGUUUCCUAUGUACAUCCAUUUUAAGACCAGCACCUCUACCCCGUUUCUCUCCCCCAGCAGGCUCAGGAGGAAGUGGUGUUCAGGUGGCCCGCAGGCGGACUACCCUCCCCUCCCCCCAGCCCAGCAGCAGCAGUGUCAGUCUAUGGAACAUCCUCAAGAACAACAUAGGGAAGGACCUGUCCAAGGUAGCCAUGCCUGUUCAGCUCAAUGAGCCUCUCAACACACUACAGAGGCUGUGUGAGGAGGUGGAGUACUCCGAGCUGCUGGAUACAGCCAACAACACACAGGACCCGUACCAGAGAAUGGUGAGGGUAUAAGAUGCCAGUACACAUGCACGCGCAAACAUGAUGCACGCAUGCGCGCACACACACACACGCACAGUCCAUAGCAGCGCAUGGUGAGAGAAUUGAAACAUACUCGCUCCAUGAUUCUUAUGAUGCAUUGUGAGAACCCACACACCCUCGCAACCUCUACCUACACAUGGUGAGUAACACACCUCUUUCUUUCUCUCUCCCUCACUGUGUCUCCUGUGCAGGUGUAUGUGGCGACGUUUGCGGUGUCUGCGUACGCCUCCAGUUACCACCGGGCAGGAAGUAAACCCUUUAACCCCAUCCUGGGAGAGACAUACGAGUGUGACAGACCUGACAAGGGCUUCCGGUUCAUAGCAGAACAGGUAAACAGGAACAAGUUAACGUCACUCGCAUACAGUAAACCAAGAAUCACUGGGCUAAUUCAUUUUCUGUGUUCCAAAUUACACCCUAUUCCCAUUCAGUCUACAACCUUUGACCAGGGCCCAUAGUGAUCUGGUCAAAAUGAAUGCACUAUAUAGGGUUCUAUUUGGGACACAACCAUUGUGUAGGAUGACUGAACUCUCAUAACAUUGUCAGUAACUUUGUACCCCCUGUCCUUCUCAGGUGAGCCAUCACCCACCUGUGUCAGCAUGUCACUGUGACUCUAAGAACUUCACUUUUUGGCAAGGUAAACAUAUCACCACCUUUCUAUUUGGGAUUGUUAUUGUGAGGGUUACCCACCCCACCGACCUACUUACACCUGUCUGUCUCCUGUCUCGCUGCCUCCUGUCUGUCUCGCUGCCUCCUGUCUGUCUCGCUGUCUCGCUGUCUGUCUCCUGUCUGUCUCUCAGAUGUCCAGUGGAAGAAUAAGUUCUGGGGGAAAUCCAUGGAGAUUGUUCGCAUGGGAACCACUCAUGUGACCCUGCCAGCGUGAGUCUCUUUGAUCUAUAGAAUUUGUGUGUGGGCCGUGUGCACACCAGUGGAGGCUGCUGAGGGGAAGACGGCUCAUAAUAAUGUCUAGAAUGGAGUCAAUGGAAUGGCAUCAAAGAUGUGGUUUCCAUGUGGUUGACACCAUUCCAUUAAUGACUCCAUUCCAGCCAUUAUUAUGAGCCGUCCCCCCCUCAGCAGCCUCCACUGGUGCGGACGUGUGUGUGUGCAUCUAAGAACUGCUUUCAUGCAAAAGAGAGUGUGGCAGUGUUUACAGGUCUGGUGUCAUGUGAAAGGGGUGUGUGACAGGUCUGGUGUCAUGUGAAAGGGGUGUGUGACAGGUCUGGUGUCAUGUGAAAGAGGGGUGUGACAGGUCUGGUGUCAUGUGAAAGGGGUGUGUGACAGGUCUGGUGUCAUGUGAAAGAGGGGUGUGACAGGUCUGGUGUCAUGUGAAAGGGGUGUGUAACAGGUCUGGUGUCAUGUGAAAGAGAGGUGUGACAGGUCUGGUGUCAUAUGAAAGAGGGGUGGGUGUUGUCAUGUGAAAGGGGUGUGUGACAGGUGUGUUUGUCAUCCUCAGGUUUGGGGACCACUAUGAGUGGAACAAGGUAACUUCCUGCAUCCACAACAUCCUGAGUGGCCAGCGCUGGAUAGAACACUACGGAGAGAUGUCAAUCAAAAACACCAGCAGUGAUGCCUGCCAGUGUAAAGUGACCUUCAUCAAGGUGAGGAGAGGGACUAUAUACAGUGAAGACCAUACCUGUGUGCACAGCUACACUAAGUGUGUGUCCCAAAUGGAACCCUAUUUCUUAUAUAAUGUACUACUCCCCAUAGGGCUCUGGCCAAAAGUACUGCACUAUAUAGGGAAUAGGGUGUUAUUUGAGACGUUGCCUAACAUGUCAAUUGGACAACACAUAUGAACCCUUAGGCACUCGGUGGAGGUUUAUCUGAGGGUAUUAUCAAGUGUAACAGCACCAUCUGCUGGGGGAUGGGAGGAACAACAUCCUGGAUACUAUUUUCUUGGAAAACUGAUGAGUGGUGGAUGGAUUCAUGUGUUGGGUAUAGAAUUGUAGGAAUUUAUAUUAAAUCAUUUAUAACAUGAUUAACAGGGUUUGAUGGGUUUCCGAUUGUGACAUGACAUUGUUUUUGUGUCCUUGGUUUGUUAAUACAUUUGUUUAUUAUUAAUACGUUUUGCGUAUUUAAUCCGCAGGCGAGAUCGUGGAGCUCAACAGUUAACGAGAUAGAGGGAGUGCUCACGGACACAGGGGGGCGUGUCAUCCACUCCUUCUUUGGCAAAUGGCAUGAGGGCGUGUACCAAGGAUACCCACCUUCUGCUAUCUGCAUCUGGAGAGCAAGUGAGUGACUGGCUCUUUGGACUGUCCGUCAAAACUCAAUUCUACAGUAAAUAUUAUAGCUUGAUAUGUUGUGCUUUGCCAGAAGAGUAGUAAAAAAUGUGUUUGUGUAAUUUAAUAAUAAAAGUGUGUGUGUAGACCCCAUGCCUGUGGACCAGGACCAGUACUAUGGCUUCACUCAGUUUGCUGUGGAGCUGAAUGAGCUUGACGCUGCCCUGAAGCCCCUCCUACCCCCCACAGACACACGCUUCCGUCUCGACCAGAGGUACAACACACCCUCGGGAUUCUCUCUCUCUCUCUCUCUCACACACACACACACUCACACACUCUUCUCACACACCACACGCCACACACUCUCUCUCUCGUCUCACACACACACAACACCUCACACCUCUCUCUCUCUCUCUAAACACACACACACACUACUCACUCUCUCUCUCCCCUCACACACACCAACACUCUCCCUCUUUUCUCUCACACCACACACACACGCUCACCCACUCUCUCUCCCCUCUCACACACACACACACGCUCACACCACUCUCUCUCUCUCUCACACACAACACACAUCACACUCUCUCUCUCUCUCUCUCUCACACACACACACACACACUCACACACUCUCUCUCUCUCUCACCCCACACACACACGUCUCACACACACACCCCCUCACUCUCUCUCUCUCUCUCACAAAACACACACGCUCACACACUCUCUCUCUCUCUCUCACCCCCCACACAACACAACGUCACACACUCUUCUCUCUCUCUCUCACAAAAACCACCACGCUCCCCACACACACACUCUCUCCUCUCUCUCAUCUCUCUCACACACACACACCUCACACACUCUCACUCUCCCCUCUUUUCACACACACACACGCUCACACACUCUCUCUCUCUCACACACACACACACGCUCACACACACACACUCUCUCUCACACACACACACGCUCACACACACUCUCUCUCUCUCACACACACACACUCACACACUCUCUCUCUCUCUCUCUCUUCUCCCUCUCACUCACUCACUCCACUUCUCUCCCCACACUCUCCCUCACUCACUUCUCUCUCUCUUCCACUCACUCCGUCACUUCUCUCACUCUCUCCGCUACCACCUCCCUCUCACUCUCUCAAUCUCUCACACUUCCACUCUCUCACUCACUCUCUCAAACUACUCUCACUCUCUCUCUCACUCACUCACACCCACUCAACUCACCCACUCACACUCUCUCUCUCUCUACUACACGCACACCCCCGCUCCCACACCCCGCUCUCUCUACUUCCCCACACACCAUCACCCCCUCUAACUCUCUCUCUCUCUCUCACACACACACACACGCUCACACUCUCUCUCUCUCUCUCACACACACACGCUCACACACUCUCUCUCUCUCUCUCUCACACACACACGCUCACACACUCUCUCUCUCUCUCUCUCUCUCACACACACACGCUCACACACUCUCUCUCUCUCUCUCUCUCACACACACACACCUCACACUCUCUCUCUCUCUCUCACACACACACACGCUCACACACUCUCUCUCUCUCUCUCACACACACACACGCUCACACACUCUCUCUCUCUCUCUCACACACACACGCUCACACACUCUCUCUCUCGCUCUCUCUCAGAUGUUUGGAAGAAGGGAACAUUGAGGGGGCUGAGGAGCAGAAACGGAGGAUAGAGCAGCUCCAGAGAGAGAGGAGGAAAGUUCUGGAGGAGAACAACGUGACACACAAACCACGCUUCUUCAAGUACGCAACCGUGUGUCUCUUUCUGUCUAACUUUAGCAGACAAGGGAGUUCAUUGCUCACACUUUUAGCCUCAAACACAGAACAAGUCAGUCUUGCUUCUUAGCUGCUCAGUAUCCUAUACAAUAUCGAAAACGUGUGACGGAAUGGCACCUGUCUGUGUCUGUCUAUAUAACUUACCACACUCUCACUGGUCUGUCAUGUGCAUAACACUCCAUUAGCCUCACUGUCUGACUGGUCAAAACAACACUAUUAACAGUUGUUCUCAGUGGAUUUAUGAGAUCUCACAGUUUUCCUUUUUAGGUUGUACUGGGGGUUAUACAGUUAGCAUUUUUACAAUUUAGUCAUUUACCAGACACUCUUAUCCAGAGCAACUUACAGGAGCAAUUAGGGUUAAGUGCCUUGCUCAAGGGCACAUCGACUGAUUUUUAACUUAGUCGUCUCAGGAAUUCGAACCAACAACCUUUCGGUUAUUGGCCCAAUGUUCUUAACCGCUAGGCUACCUGCCUCCCUGGGUGUGGUAUGAAGUAUGUGACUAUUGUUUUGUUUAUUUAUCAGGAAAUCAAAGGAUGACACGUGGCUGAGCUCCAAUAUAUACUGGGAGCAGCGGAAGAACCCCGGGUUCAGCAGAGAGGACUUCCCUGUGCUGUGGUGACCUCUGACCUUACCUAUAACCCUGUGACCCCACGGGAGCACAGAUCUAGGGUCAGAUUAUUCUCACCCACAACAAACCUUAACCAAUACAGGGAAAACUAAAAACUGACCUUAGGUCAGCACUUGGAGACAACACUCUGACCCGGUGACUAUGGACCGCCGAGUGUCAGGGCCCACGGCUGAAUAUGGGCUUCCUGCUUCUGUAGGCGGAGACGGAGCUAACCUAA